ACAGUGCUGAACCUCAAUAAGCGAGAUCUCGCCGUCCUUCCACCUCUGUCAACGGAUCAUUGUGGCGCCUUGACCAAGCUGCUGCUUUCCCGGAAUCGGUUGGCCUCGCUGCCAUCGACAUUAUUCGAACAAAUGCCCAAUCUCAAGGUCUUGGAUCUUUCCGAUAACUGCCUAGGGCGAAUUCCGGAAGGUUUGGAUCGCCUUCCGAAUCUGCUGGAGCUCAAUGUUGCCAGCAAUGGAAUAGACCGAGUGGGUUCUGAGUUGGGCGUCUGUACAGGCCUGCGCAUUCUAUCGCUGGGGAAAAACAGACUGUACGAGGUCACACCUGAAGCGCUUGCGCCGUUGCUGCAUCUCUGCUUUUUGGACCUGUCGUCAAACUUCAUGCGGACAGUGCCGUUGAUUCUGCACAAGCGCUUGCCAACCCUCAGGAGGCUGAUUUUG